GACUUGGUCCUGCAGCGCCUCUAGGCUGCGGAUCCCGCUCCUACCACCUGCACUUGGCUCUACCUCCUGCGAAGCGGGGAGCUGAGAGGAGAGAGGGAGGAGGCGAAGGGAGGAGGAGAGCGGCAGCUUACACACGCCUUCCAGUCCCUCCACUCAGAGCAGCCCAGAGACCGCCGCUGGCGCCGCUGCUAUCGCUGCCACCGCCGCUGCCACCUGAGGAGACCGCCUGGACCUGUCGCCCCUCGGUUGCCACCCCCGGCAGUUCUUUCCUAAUACUGGGCUUUUUAUGCACACUGCCACUACCAUUAUUAUUAUUACAAGAGAAGGAAAACAACGGACCCGCUAAAAAGAACCACGUAUACCUUUCCGAAUUACUCAAGUGUCUCCCGGGAAAAGAGGGUCGCCGGCCCCGGGAGGAGCAGCCAAAGGGGCCGAGGGCGGGUGUGGAAGCGGAGGCCGGAGGAGUUGGGCACUGCGUGGUGGAAAGUUGCGGGCGGCGGAGACGGGAAGGUGCAGCGCCACAGCCCAGAGGGCAGUGUGUCAGGGAGAAGCCUCUGCCCCCAGCGUCCGGAGCGCGAGCGCGCGGGGCCGGGGACGACGCCCCCUCCUGCGGCGCGGACUCUGUCGGUGGUCCCUGAGGAGGAGGAAUAUGGCUUCGAAGGCGGCCUCCUCCUGCCGUCUGAUCUUCUGCCUCUUGAUCUCCGCUGCUGUCCUUAGGCCAGGUCUUGGAUGGUAUACUGUAAACUCAGCAUAUGGAGAUACCAUUAUCAUGCCUUGCCGAGUUGAUGUACCUCAGAAUCUCAUGUUUGGCAAAUGGAAAUAUGAAAAGCCCGAUGGCUCCCCAGUAUUUAUUGCCUUCAGGUCCUCUACAAAGAAAAGUGUGCAAUACGACGAUGUACCAGAAUACAAAGACAGAUUGAACCUCUCAGAAAACUAUACUCUCUCUAUCAGUAAUGCAAAGAUCAGUGAUGAAAAGAGAUUUGUGUGCAUGCUAGUAACUGAGGACGACGUGUUUGAGGCUCCUACAGUAGUCAAGGUGUUCAAGCAACCAUCUAAACCUGAAAUUGUAAGCAAAGCCCCAUUUCUUGAGACAGACAAGCUUAAAAAGUUGGGUGAGUGCAUUUCAAAAGACAGUUAUCCAGAUGGCAACAUCACAUGGUACAGGAAUGGAAAAGUUCUGCAACCUCUUGAAGGAGCGGUGGUCAUAAUUUUUAGAAAGCAAAUGGACUCAGUAACUCAGCUCUAUACCAUGACUUCAUCCCUGGAGUACAAGACAACCAAGGCUGACAUACAAAUGCCAUUCACCUGCUCUGUGACAUAUUAUGGACCAUCUGGCCAGAAAACACUUUACUCUGAACAAGCAGUUUUUGAUAUUUACUAUCCUACAGAGCAGGUGACAAUACAAGUGCUGCCAUCAAAAAAUGCCAUCAAAGAAGGGGACAAUAUCACUCUUAAAUGCUUGGGGAAUGGUAACCCUCCUCCUGAGGAGUUUUUGUUUUACUUACCAGGACAGCCUGAAGGAAUUAGAAGUUCAAAUACUUACACACUGACAGAUGUGAAACGCAAUGCAACAGGAGACUAUAAAUGCUCCCUGGUAGACAAAAAAAGCAUGAUUGCUUCAGCAGCCAUCACAGUUCACUAUUUGGAUUUGUCCUUAAACCCAAGUGGGGAGGUGACUAAGCAGAUUGGCGAUGCUCUGCCUGUGUCAUGCACAAUAUCUGCCAGUAGGAAUGCAACUGUGGUGUGGAUGAAAGAUAACAUCAAGCUUCGAUCUAGCCCAUCAUUUUCUAGUCUUCAUUAUCAGGAUGCUGGAAACUAUGUCUGUGAAACAGCUCUGCAAGAGGUUGAAGGAUUAAAGAAAAGAGAGUCGUUGACUCUAAUUGUAGAAGGAAAACCUCAAAUCAAAAUGACAAAGAAAACUGAUCCUAGUGGACUGUCUAAAACAAUAAUCUGCCAUGUGGAAGGUUUUCCGAAGCCAGCUAUACAGUGGACAAUUACUGGCAGUGGAAGUGUCAUAAACCAAACAGAGGAAUCUCCAUAUAUCAAUGGCAGGUAUUAUAGUAAAAUUAUCAUUUCCCCUGAAGAGAAUGUUACAUUAACUUGCACAGCAGAAAACCAGCUGGAGAGAACAGUAAACUCCUUGAAUGUCUCUGCUAUAAGUAUUCCAGAACACGAUGAGGCAGACGAGAUAAGUGAUGAAAACAAAGAAAAGGUUAAUGACCAGGCAAAACUAAUUGUGGGAAUUGUUGUUGGUCUCCUCCUCGCUGCCCUAGUUGCUGGUGUCGUCUAUUGGCUAUACAUGAAGAAAUCAAAGACUGCAUCAAAACAUGUAAACAAGGACCUUGGUAAUAUGGAAGAAAACAAAAAGUUAGAAGAAAACAAUCACAAAACAGAAGCCUAAGAGAGAAACUGUUCCACUUGUCAUCCAG